AUGUCUUGGACCUUGUUUUUCCUUGCCUGGAAUAUUCUUCUUCACACAAACCUCAUCCAAUUGGCGGCACAAUCCCACGAAUGCCUCACCAACGGCAGCCACCCAAUCGACAACGAAUAUGCCAACAACCUCAACUCCCUCCUCUACUCCGUACCCAACAACCUCGGCCAAGACGGCUUCUUCCAAGACUCGGUCGGGUGGCGCGGCCCCGAGACCGCCAGCGUGGCCGUCCUCUGCAGAGGGGACGUCCAGCUGGCCGAGUGCCGAGACUGCCUCCGCUACAUCAUAUCGUUUCUCCCGACUUCGUGCCCCAACCACAGACGAGCCUUCGGCUGGUCCGACUUCUGCACGCUACAUUACUCGGACGAGAACCUAACGCAGAGACUCGACACGUCUGCUAGGUUAUAUCAGUGGAACACUCAUAACAUCGACAGCCCGGCUCCAGACAUGUUCAUGCGGGACCUGACGAGGUUGUUAUUUGACCUCAGCGCUCGGGCGGCUGGCAGUACUCGGAAAGUGGCGGCCGGGAAUAUUGUGACGGGUCGUGAUCAUAGGGACAUCUUUGCGAUGGUCCACUGCACGCCGGAUUUGUCCCCAGACAACUGCAGUGCUUGCCUGAGAUUGAUAUGUGCCGAUGUAGCGCAGUUCUGGAAUAGGAGGAGAGGGGGAAGAGUGAUUGUGCCGAGCUGCAAUCUUCGCUACGAGGUGAAUAAAUUUUACAACGAAACUCGGCUUCGAGAGUUGACGGCUCCAACGGAAUUUUUGUUUUGUGUAGGAACAAAUCAUGGCAAUAAUUCAUCAUCAUCACCAUCUGAGAUCGUUGUUAUUGUAUUAGUUUCUGUGUGCUCGGUAUUAGCUGCUGUUGCUGCUACUGUUUGGCUCUUAUUAAGGAGGAGAAUGAAAUUAAAACAUGAGACUCAUGAUGUUGAUGAGAUCUUAGAAGCUCAAUCUCUCAAAUAUGCCUUGACAACGAUCAGAGCUGCCACUAAUAAUUUCUCAGAUGGUAACAAACUAGGACAAGGUGGAUUUGGAGCUGUUUACAAGGGAAUACUUGCUGAUGGUCGAGAAAUAGCAGUCAAAAGAUUAUCCAGUAACUCCACACAAGGUGACUUGGAGUUUAAGAAUGAGGUCUUGUUACUAGCCAACCUUCGACAUAGAAAUCUAGUAAGACUUGUGGGCUUUUGCUUAGAAGGAGCCGAGAAAAUCCUCGUCUACGAAUUCGUGCAGAAUGGAAGCCUCGACCACUUCAUAUUUGAAUCGGUUAAUCGUUCAUACUUAGAUUGGGAAGAACGCUGCAACAUCAUUGGAGGCGUAGCAAGGGGACUUUUGUAUUUGCAUGAAGAUUCUCAGCUGAAGAUCAUUCAUCGUGAUCUCAAACCCAAUAACGUUCUUUUAGACGGAUUAAUGAACCCUAAAAUUGCGGACUUUGGCAUGGCAAGGUUGUUUGGACAAGGAGAGACUCAUGGAGAUACUAGUAAAAUUGUUGGAACUAUCGGAUACAUGGCUCCGGAAUAUGCAAUACACGGACAGAUUUCGAUCAAGUUGGAUGUGUUCAGCUUCGGAGUGCUAAUGUUGGAAAUUAUUAGCGGUCAGAGGAAAAACUAUUUUCGACAUGGGAGAAAUGUAGAGGACCUCUUGAGCUUUGCGUGGAAAAAAUGGCACGAAGGAACACCAAUACAAAUGGUGGAUCAGUGUUUGAAGUCUGCAUCAGAUUUUACACGUGAGAUGGAAAGGUGCAUCCAAAUUGCUUUGUUAUGUGUUCAACAGCAUGCUAUUGAUAGACCAACAAUGGCUUUUGUUGUCCUAAUGCUUAGUAGCUCCGACUUAGUUCUGGCGGAACCUUCCGAGCCUGCAUUCUAUAUGCCGGGUGGCUAUGGUUCGGAAAGUUCUUCACUCGUUCAAGGGAAUAAUCCGAGACGAUCCAAUCAUAAAAGUUCUUCAAAUAGCGCCACACAAAAUCGACCGGACAAUUCAUCAGAAAAUGGUAUGUCGAUCAGUGAAUUGCCAAACGAAGGGUUAAAGGCUCAGCCAAAUUACCGUGAAAAACAGAAAGAAAGGGGCACGGUUUGGACGGUUGUCGGCUCUCAGCUAAGGUUCGGCCCGCUUCUCUUCUCGCACGUACGGGCUGCGAGAAAGCGGUUCGAGGGGAACCGGCCACUGCUCGUUGAACGGAAAACGGGACUACUACUGUUCGAUGCUAAUGAUCGAGGACCCCGGCUGCUCGAUAAAAGCCUCGAACGGCUGCUGCUCUUUUCUCACGGGCUGGGUGUGCUCGGGGUGUUCUCAGUUCGCUCCUGA